AUGGACGGAAUGGCAAAGGCCCACCAAGACCUCAAAGCACAAGCCGAGGUGGAUUUCCCUGACGGCCCCUUCUUUCAGGGAGCAGAAGCGCCCUGCCGCUUCGAAGCUGAGGUCUACAACUGCAUUGUACGGGGGAAUAUCCCCAAGGAAAUCGAUGGAACCUAUUAUCGCUGUAUGCCUGACUGGUCAUGGGCUCCUUUGUAUGAAGACGAUGUUUUCAUCAACGGCGAUGGUGCCAUCGACGCGAUACAAAUCAAAGAUAGCCAUACCAAUUUCAAGCAGAAGUAUGUCCGAACUGCGAAGUUCCUCAUCGAGAGGACUGCUAGACAGUCGGUUUUUGGCAAGUAUCGCAACCGUUAUACCGAUGAUGCCCGAGUCAAACACGAGGUUCACUCAACAGCGAACACGCACAUCAUCUAUUUCGAGAAUCAACUCCUGGCGCUGAAAGAGGACUCAAGGCCCUACGCAAUGGAUCCGAACUCUCUCCAAACAAGGGGGCUUUACGACUUUAGAGGCCAGUACUCAGCCCCAACGUUUACUGCGCAUCCCAAGAUCGAUCCUGAGAAUGGUGAGCUGAUCACUAUGGGCUACGAGGCAAAGGGAGACGCUACGAAUGACGUUGCCUAUUAUCUCUUUAACAAAGAGGGCAAAAAACUGGAGGAAUGCUGGAUCAAGACCCCGUACGUGGGAAUGAUGCAUGAUAUGGCAGCAACCAAAAAUUGGGUUGUUUUUGUUCUCAUUCCGCUCGAGACUCAACCAAUCGAGCUCUUACAGAAAGGUUCCAAGCACUUCGCUUGGUCUGAGGAUAAGCCCCUGACGUUUGGUAUUCUGCCACGACGCAACCCCAAGCCGGAGGACGUGCGAUGGUAUAAGUACGAAAAUGCCUUCUACGGCCACACGGGAAACGCUUUUGAGGGUGACGAUGGAUGUGUCUACCUGGACGCUCCACUUACCUAUCACAACAAGGCAAGGGAGGACCCCUUCACGCACCCCAGCGGUAAGCCUAAGAACGACGGACGUCCAGAGAGCCACUAUGUUCGCUGGAAGUUCGAUCCCAAUGCAACUGAUCCCCGCGUUGAGCCCACCGAGUUGGUGACUCUUGAUGGCGAGAUGCCCAAGAUUGAUGAGAGAUUUCUCACCAAAAAGUACAACGCACUCUUCCUGUGCAUCCACGAUCCGAACGCCACGCACAGCCCUGUUGGGGGGACUUAA